GGCGCGCCGCGCCGGGUGUUCGUGCGCGCGGCCAGCAGGCGCCCGUGAGCCCGGUGCUCCCAGCCCGCGGGGCGUGCUCGCCGUGAGUCGCGCGGUCAGCGGCCUCCGUGCGGUGGGUCUCCAGGCUCCGCGUGGCGGCAGCUGGGUGGCUGGCUGCCCCCUGAUCCCGCCGGGCUCCCCUGAGCGUCUGGGGCUCCUGAGAAGCGUGGCAAGGCCCCGGACCCGCGGAGGUUCGCUGUGGAGUGCAGAGGCAGCCCGGUGUGCGGCAGCGAUGGGCGCGGGGGUGCCGCCUCCAAGUGAUGCGGAGAACCGGGCUCUCUAUUUCAGGAUUGGGAACCCAUGCCACACUCACCUGCUCAACUGAGGAAUUACCAUGGUAAAGGGAAACAAGGAAAAGGCCAGGACAAAUCUCGCGGGAAGAAACAGAAGAAACCGGAAGUGGACAUUCUCAGCCCAGCUGCCAUGCUGAACCUCUACUACAUCGCCCACAACGUUGCCGACUGCCUGCACCUGCGAGGCUUCCGUUGGCCCGGUGCUCCCAAAUCAAAGGGGAAAAACAAGACUUAAUGGCGUUCCACAGAGAGCAGAACUUGGGGAAGAGAAAUCGGGAAAAUACAACUACUGCAAGCAAAAUAGACUUUACCGAAGACAACUUGAGACGCAAGCUAAGUGUGCUUUUCUAUGGUAGUUAAUGAUAAAGAAGUGCAUUUGACUUCCCAGCUAAAUGCAGCUACAGUAAGCCAAUUUGGUUUUUCAGAAGAAAUUCAGGGGGAAAAAAGUCCGAGUAGUUCCUACUCAGGAAUUGCGUGGUGGAAUUGAUAGGAUUUUUCAAAUUAUAAUUCUGGGUGAGAAUUAAACCUGUUCUCAAAAGGCA